UACUUAUUAUAUUUUUGGAUCGACGCUGCUAUUAUAAACUUUAAUAUAAAUAAUACUUUAUUAUAAAUAGCAUUAAUUAAUUGUAUCAUGGCUUCGGUGGAAUUGUUAACCCCACAUUUACCCAAGAUCAAAAUACCGGCUCCGCAGCAAAUAGUUUACAAAGAUGAAUGUGUUUAUUCAUUUGACAAUCCGGAGUCAGAAACGGGUCUGUAUGUUUCACUCACAUCGUUCCUCGGCUUCGGACGUAACUACGUAGAACAGUACUUCCAGAAGACGGGCAAUCCUGUAUUCCUUCACAUACAGAGGGAGAAGACACCCAUCCCAGAACCAGAAGUGACUGGCGAUGGACCGGAGAAAAAGAUCACUCGUCUUGCUAUUGGAGUGGAAGGAGGAUUUGAACCUGAUAUCUGCAAGCCAAAGUACACUUACACUGACCACUAUAACAUUGUGGUGUUGCCCGGAUUCUACACCUUCCCAUGGCCAGAUCCAUCACUGCCUGAAGUGAUAAAAAAAUCGGUCCAAGCAAUUAUAAAUGCGGAAUCACCAUUCAAAAUGGCGGAAAUGGCCGCCUUACAGGGAACGUGGGAUGGUGAGAGAAGAGAGGUAUCUGUGCAUGCAGUAAACUUGCAGCAGUUGGAUAACAACGUGAAGAUCCCACCUUCAGGGUGGAAGUGUGCCAAGUGUGAGCUCACCACCAACCUCUGGCUCAACCUUACUGAUGGAUCCAUUCUCUGCGGUAGACGGUUCUUUGAUGGCUCCGGUGGGAAUGAUCAUGCGGUGGAACAUUAUCGUGACACGGGUUUCCCAUUGGCAGUCAAACUGGGUACCAUCACCCCAGAUGGGAAAGGUGAUGUUUUCUCCUAUGCCGAGGAUGACAUGGUUGAAGAUCCGUUCCUCGCAGACCACCUGAAACAUUUCGGCAUCAAUGUUCAACAGUUGCAAAAGACGGACAAAUCCAUGGUGGAAUUGGAACUGGAGCUGAACCAGCGCACCGGGGAGUGGAACACGCUGCAGGAGUCUGGCAGCGAGCUGCGGCCGCUGCACGGGCCUGCGCUUACCGGCCUCAACAACCUCGGCAACACGUGUUACAUCAACAGCGUCGUCCAGGUAAUGUUCAGAAUGCCAGACUUCAUCCGGAGAUUUGUAGAAGGUGCGCCCGAAAUAUUUUCCACUUUCCCAGAAGAUCCGGCGAAUGAUUUUAAUGUUCAAACCGCAAAGUUGGGCGUGGGCUUGGUAUCUGGUCGGUACUCGUUCCCCGAGGUGGGAGGUGCGCAGCGCGGCGUCUCCCCGCACAUGUACCGGCAGCUGGUCGGUCGCGGACAUCCGGAGUUCAUGAGCAAGAGACAACAGGAUGCACACGAGUUUUAUUUGCAUCUGCUCACACUUAUUGAGAGACACAGUCGUCACCGCGUGAACCCCGCGGAAUGCCUGCGGUUCAGUGUGGAGGAGCGCGUGGCGUGCGGUGCGUCCGGCAGUGUGCGCUACACGCGCCGUGCUGAGCAUCAUCUGCCGCUCCCGGUACCGCUCUCCGCAGCCACCAAUGCUCAACAAGUGCGAGACUACGAGCAACGACGUGCUGCAGCUGAGGCCAGCGGUCAGAGGCUCGACCCGUCUCAAAUAGUGCGACCUCACAUCCCGUUCAGCGCGUGCCUGGACAGCUUCAUGCGCGAGGAGACGCUCGAGCAGUUCUUCAGUACAGCUGUCAACGAGAAGGUCACCGCUCAGAAGAUAACUCGUCUGGCGACGUUCCCCGACUACCUGCUCAUCCAGCUGAAGAAGUUCACCAUAAAGGAGGACUGGACACCAGCCAAGCUGGACGUUGCCGUCGACAUGCCUUGGGAGGUUGACCUAAGUUGUCUGCGUGGUCGUGGGCCGCAGCCCGAGGAGACCUUGUUGCCCGACUCCAGCCCACAGGCCCCAACACCGCAGUACGACGAGGCAGUUCUUGCUCAACUCCUGGACAUGGGUUUCCCAGUGGAGGCGUGCAAGCGCGCGUUGUACUACACCGGUAACUCCGGCCUCGAGCCCGCAUCCAACUGGCUCAUGGAGCACCUCACAGACUGGGACUUCGCCAACAAGUUUGAACCACCCGGCUCACAACCCGCAGGUGGCGCUAGUGUGGCAGUGGACGAGUCGAGUGUGGCGAACAUAAUAUCCAUGGGAUUCACGCGACCGCAAGCAGAGAAGGCGUUGCGGGCCACCGAGGGCGAUGUCGGCCGUGCCCUCGACUGGAUCUUCAGCCGAGCGGACCAGCUCGACGCCGAGGAUGAAGCGCCUCCUAGGGAAGACCGCACGCUCGGCUGUAGAGACGGACCGGAGAAAUACAAGCUGGUUGCGUUCAUCUCACAUAUGGGCACUUCGACAAUGGUGGGACAUUACGUGUGCCACGUGCUGCACGAGGGACGCUGGGUCAUAUUCAACGAUAACAAGGUUGCUCUCUCAGAAAACCCACCAAAGGAUAUGGGUUACUUAUAUCUCUAUGAACGGCUGUGAUCUCAACCAAAAGCAAUUGAUCGGCAUGUGUAAACUGUAUGUUUGCACAGACAUGUUGGACUACUGCCUAGGAUAAUGUUUAACAUAAUCUAAGACUUAAUUAUACCAGAUAAAGUGUUCCAAACAAAGAUUUAGUUAAAAAAUUUGCUUCCAGUUUAGGAUUAUCAUAAAGCUGUCAUCGUAAGACCCAUAAUUUAGAAUUUAUGUUCGUUUCCGAGCAUUAAUAUCAUCAAAACAAUUAACCAAUAAUGGGUAGGAAAUAAAUGUCCUCGACUAUAAAUUAACUCUAUUUCUGUAGAAGUUUUUGUACAAGUCCUUUGGUAGUGGAUUUUAAUGAUAAAAAAGUUUUAGGAAAUUCUUCUUGAGAUUUCUUGUUAACGCUUUAUCUGUGUAGUCUUUGAAGUAGUCGAAAUUUAUUAAGUUAAAAAGCAAGAGUAAUAAAUUUGAGUAAGCAUUUGUCUUAAGUAAGUUAAUGUAAUUAAGAUACAAUUGUUUUUUUUUAUUUGAGCUAAAAAUAUAUUUAAAUUUGGAAGUGCAAUUGUUUUACGUAGAUGUUCUUUUUUCGUCAUAGUUUUUACUCGUUGAAUACAGUUAGUGCUUAUUCAAAAUAAUGUAUUCAAAUGUAUAGAUAUAAGCUUCUGGCAGAAUAUCAUACUGACAUGAACACCAUUAGACAACGAAAUAAAUUAUAAUAAAUA